UGUAUCCCUGGAACCAUAGUAUAUCAUUUGAACCAUAUUGCUUCACUGGAAUCACAAUGUAAUAUCUCUGGAACCAUAUUUUAUCCCUGGAAACAUAUUGUGUGCCUGGAACCAUAGCAUAUAUCACCAGAACCAUACUUAUCCUAAGAGCUAUACUGCAUUUCUAGAACUACCUUUCCGGAACCAAACUGCAUGGAAAACUCAACUUUAUCAACAUGAACCAGGAAAGUCAAAGGAGUAAUGGGGUUGCUCACAAGGCACCUCGGAUCAAGCCGAGUUUGGGUCCGAGGCGUCAAUCACACAGCCCAGAACGAAGUAAAUCCGUCCAGCCUCACCAUGAUAUGGCUAAUAUCCCGGAGAGUGGACCUAAAAUGGUAACACUGUUAAAGGUUUCACCUCGGAACGCUUCGGUAGCAAGCCGUCGGGGUGAACCCAAUCAUCGAGCUGCUGUGCAAGAAAAACGUUCACAGUAUUUAGAGUACGCUGCUCAGGUGGAGGCACGGCGGAGGGAGUUAUUACAGCCGGUCCCCAGGAAGCAAGAGCGCCAACCACGGAGUAAGAACUUUUCAAAUAACAAUCAAAGUAAGACUGUGGACAAGAGUGGUAAGACGCAGUCCCAACCUCAGCUUGCACAUCGCCAGCUAGUAGACAUACAACAUGGUAGAGCAAAGACGCAACCUCCUUCCAAACCGCAACGGCGCUUCACGCAGAGCCCACCUCGUCAGGUUAUCAGGGAGCCUAAAAAUGUAUCCAACGGAGCAGGAGCAUCAGUAGCACAGAAUCGCCAACAACUUGAGAGAAUGCGGGAUGCCAUGGCGAAGCAACAAGCAAAGCAUAGAGAGGAACAUUUACAUCCUCGCCCAAACUCAUCAAACCAAGUGCCUCCAAGGUCUUCCUCAAGAUCCCCAACCCGGCGACUGGCACAAAGUAAAACCACCGAAACACCAGUCAAACAGUUCAAAAUCAAGGUAGAUGUUCAUACCUCAGUAUCGUCAACUUCUCCAAGUCAGUCCCUCCCGACUUCUUCCUCUAAGGAAGAUGAAUCUGUUUUGUCCUGGAUCGACAAGAUGGAGGUACCUGGAGAGGAUAAAGUCUCCAGAUCCUACCCUCCACCUGGGCGUUCACAAAGUGCAGGCCCAGGAACAAGAGAAUCAACAAGCAAAGCUCAACUCCAGCAAGACUUGAAGAACUUUGAUCAACUUGGUAGAAUACCUCGACAGAGAGUGCACUCCCCAGACGCAGCAUACCGUUCGACCACAAACUUACCAGUGUCUCGUGACAGACAAUCAAGAUUAGAUGAGUUUGCAAAGGCUCAUAAGAUCACUAAUGAUUUGCUCCUUCAUAAAGCUCCGUCCAAAAGCAGGAUCCCUGUUAAGAAAGGUUUAGUUGACAAUCUGAGAGGUGAAAACCAUCAACGACAAAACUUCAGCGUUGAGCGUCUCAGUCCGGUGGAUCCAGAGCCUCCGCCUCGAAGAAGAUCCUCUCGUCAACGAACUCCAGAGUCAACCUCGAACACCCAGAUGCCGUCCAGAGGUACAGAUCCUCAAACAAACCAAAGAAAAGAGAGUAAUGACCCGUCAAGGAUCAAGAAAAGUUCCCAACAUCAGGAGAAGAGAAGAAGCAAAACGGACGAGCAGCCCUUCGUCGAACGAGCAAGGAAAACAGUCAGCAGUAAACAUCAGGAGAUAACCGCAAACAUAAAAACUCACAAUCAAUCUCCUCAGACUCCUGAAUCCCCAGUUGUCUCUGGUGAGAAAGCCGUGGAUGUGACCCCUAAGCGACCAAAGAUGUUGUCGCCUCAUGAUCAAGAGCUUCGAAGACGACUCAGUGAGAUCUUGAUGGAAAGGAAGAAUAGCGGAGGUUCCAGUAAUGGCUUGAGGAAGUCCUCGAAGACCAAGGAGCGUAAAACAUCUCAGGAGGAUAGCCCUGAUGUUAUCGACAGGAUGCUUGACUCUACCACGGAGCAAGAUUUCAAAGGGGAGCUGGACAGAAACUUAGCGAGGCAGAAAAAUAAACUUGAACGAAGCCUGGAGGACAGUCAUGCUAGUGAAGAGAAGAAAUCUAAGGACCCAAGUGCACCACAAAGAUCCAAAAGACUCAGCAAGAGAAAUGAACAUGUUGGAAAAUCGACUGACUCUGGAUUAGGGGCUAGUUAUGAAUCGAGGAGUAAUCAAGUUGUGGUGACUGAUGGAGAAAUUCUCCACCCCGCAAUGGCACAGGAAAUUACCGCGAUUAAAGCUCAACGAGAGGAAAUGCACUCUGCUAAAAAGAGACAAGCUGAUGAGUCAAAUGUUGAUAAAAGUGCAUCACAGGAUAAUGACUUUGUGGUCAGCGAAUGGAACGAUGAUUUGGAUAAUGUUCAACCAACAAUAGCUGAAGUAAACCAUUCUCAAAUCUCUGGUGCGGUUAGUCGGAAUGCACAGGUUGAGAUCAAGCAUUCUGCAAUCUCAGGUAGUACAGUCAGUGCACAGGCAAAGGGAGCAAGUCUACACGACACCACACUGGUGACAAGUCUACAAGACACCACACUGGUGACAAGUCUACAAGACAUCACACUGGCGACAAGUCUACAUGAAAUCACAACAACGAAAAUUCCACAAAACACCACACUUGCAACAAGUCUAGAAGACAUCACACCGACGACAAGUCCACAAAACACCACACCGACGACAAGUCCAUCAGAUAUGAAUGAGUCCAGAAGGAAAAAAAGUUUACGAAGGUGGAGCAUUUCAAGUGACGGAGGGCGCCCUAAAGUUGAUAAGAGACCAGUAUCGUACGGCGGAUAUGAACAAGAAGAAAUAGCAAAAUCAAGCAUUUUGUCAUCAAUGAAGGUUGGGAUAUCCGUGCCGUUUCUCGGUGACAAUGAUGAAGUUAAUCGAUUAGGAGAUGUCGAUUCAUCACUAGAUGAUAGCAAUGGGUUACUUAACGUUCAGGACUUGGAAGAUGAAAUUGAGAAAUCAUCCAGCGCUGCCACGAGCUCGGUCCAGUCCACGCCACGGAGAUCCCCGUCAUGGGGGGACUCUCCGCCUCCGCCCACCCACAGCAUCCUUGACUCCGAGGAAGCUACGACAAACUCCGUCCAAACAUCACCCCGCCGAACCACGCCUCCGAAAGAACGCUUGCUUCAUUCUCCUAUCUCCACCCUUUCCGGAAUUGAACGUAGUCAUCAAUCAUCACGCCACGCUCUUCCAAUAAAGGUCCUUCCAACGUCACCCACUAGUAGUCUCCCACCGACAUUCUCCGAGGACCACGACAUGAGCGUCAUGACGCGACCUUUGACCCCACAGCAAUCAAAAUCCCCAUCCGACUCGAAUCAGUCAAAAACUCGCUACCUGAAAAUCGCCGGCAUGCAACUUCUUCCGCAGAAGCUUCAGUUCCGGAGCUCAAAGGAAAAAACAAAAGGAGUCUCACCAACCAAUCCGGACCCUCUGGAUGAGCCGGAUGGAGCUAAACAGGGACAUUAUAAAAAGAGCGAGUACAGAGGGAGGGAGAGAUCUAGAAAGGACAGCAAUAUUUCCCCUGGACCGAAGAUGAAGAAGAGGAGUGCAUCUGCAGAUGGGCUGUUUAGUUUCCACAGGGAGAGGUCUCCAAGCCCCUCGGGUCUACGUGGGUUCGGUAGCCCUGGCCGACAGGGAAGGCUCAAAGAUCGCCGUGGGAAACAGAAGAUGACAACAUCUUCUGGGAACCAAGCCUUAAGGAUGCCACGUCAACCUAGACCACAACGGAUGCACACCAUCCUCGACAGCCUCAAAAAGGGAUUAAAGGAUACUAUUGAAGUGAGUAAGGAGAAACUUGAUGUGAUGAAGCAGCAUCAACAUGAUCCCUCCACCACUCCAUCAAGACAGGGCUUUCACUACAACUUGGACAAACAAAUUAAAGUUGCAGAAAGAUAUAUCAGGAAGUUACAGUUCCAUCUUGCCAAGGUCGAGGAAGUACACGACCAAUAUGAUAAGGAACUCAAAGUCAGAGAAGGUGCAGUAAACGUAGUGAAAGCAUACGCCGAUACUGGACUUCCUCAUUCUAAAGAACCGAGCAAUGAGGCUAAGGCUGGAGUUAGGGAUUGUACUCAGAGUUUAUGUCAGAUGGAGGCGGAACUUGAAGCCAAUCUGGGGGCGUUUAUUGUCCGAAUUGAAGGUAUAGCAGGGUUUGCCAGGGUAUGCAGAGGAGACGUCUUCGAAGUCGUCUUCAAAUACGGGUUACAGAAAUGGAAGUCAAAGUGCAAAGUGGAGAAAGACUUAAGCCAGAGUUGGGACGUGGACGAGAUCGUUAUGUAUCCGAUGCUUGCUGACUUCCUAACAAUUAAGGUGACUGAAGUCCGUGGUAUAGCGAGAUCCAACAUGGUUAUAGGGAACCUUGAGUUUGAUACGUCUGAUUUCUACACUGCCGAUCCACAGACGUUAACGAUCGAUGUUAACGAGAAUGGGACCAUCAAACUCAAUCUGGUUGUCACAUGGAGCCCGUUCCAUGUGAAUGAAGAGAUGUUCAAAAGUCCGAAGAAUUCCUACAGCCGAAGGGAAAGAGCUUUCACUGAGUCCAUUAUUAGUCCAUCGAGAUCUUUCACUGAGAGCAUGAACGAGUCCACCAAUACGCCAAAGAAAACCUUGCCUAAACCAUAUGACCUCAACACAUCUCCAACGCUAACUCUAGACGAAGCAAUGCACAACGUCAACAGACUACUGGAAAUACUGAAGGGCCAGUAUACAGAGCUAGGGGGCCUGGAGAAACAAGUCAGACAUCUCAAUGACUUAAUACAGCAAAUCCGAGAGCGGAAGAAAAGAGACUCAUCAAUGAGUUUGUUGGUGAAGAACGCUCUAGACAGCUUUGACUUCCUGAACGAGGUUGGAGAAGACACCGAGGACGUCUGUCUUACAGUAGAUAGUGGCAGCUGCAGUAUGGACGAGAAUAGAUCAAGUUUCGCAUCCGAUGAUUUCUGCAAAUCUCAAUCAUCCGACAGACUAAGUGACUGCGCGAGUCUAGAAGAACCCGUCCCGACGAGAUGGGACUCCCCCUCCCCUUCCACCUACUCCUUCUCCACCACGCCCACGACCCUACCGAUGACGAGAGCCAACCGAGGCUCAAGAAUCAUCAACAUGAGCGAGAAACGCGAGAGUCGCCUGAUCGAGAUGAACGAGCAACGUGAGCGAAGACUAGUUGACUCGCCGAGCGAUGUCUACGGACGAUGCUGGGAUGAUGGGUCGACGGAUGGUAUGCCUAAGAUGACAACGGGUAGCGAUUCUAUCGAUAGUGUGCUGGUGCAACACUUGAUGUAUAUUGAGUACUUGCUGAGUCAUCUUGGAGCGUUCGGUCCGUUGAAGUUAAAGGAAACCAUAGCCCUACAGAAGCUCAAGAAGCAAGCCGUUGUAAUAGAGCAACUUGUUAUACUCGCCGUGUCAACCUCACCAAUCACAAGAGCUGAUGAUGUUUUCCCGGAACUUAAACUCAACCCAGUCCUCUUAGACUUCUGGCAGCACUGCGCAGAGAAGGAGGCCCUCUAUGUUAACGCUGAAUCAUUCCUGCUCCAGCUUGAUGUGAAGUUUGGUGCUAAGCUCAGGACGACUCACCCAGAUAUCGCUGAUGAUGUGUUUCAAAGUCUAUGCACUAGAGUGAUCGAGAGGCCGGUGGAUCUUUACAACCAGACAACCACUAUAACCCUCUUCCAGUAUAUCUCAUUCUUUGCUACUGAUGAUCGUAGAAAUCCAGAGAAAUUCAUCACGGAUCUGACCAAAGAAUUUGAGUUAACGGCGAGUCUUGAGCCGAGCAAUCCUGACCUCUUAAAGGUCAUCAAGAAACUCCCCAGGGGGUCUCUGCUCUCCAUCGGGAAUCUACGAGCUCUCGGACUGCUGCUGUUAGAGGACCGUUCCACUCUACAGAUGGGGGUCAGAAUGUAUUUAGAUUCCAUUGGUGGCGAUGAACGCUUGAGGAAAAAGGCGGUGAAUGUUUACUUGGAGUGCUUAGAGGAGAGAGAUUUAUCACUACGUCAAGCUGGAUGUGCUGCCAUUGCUGCUUUAAAGGCUACAGAAGCUUUAGACCAACUGCUGUAUCUACUGAAAUGUGACAUGGAUGACGUGAAAUCAACGGCCAAAGAAGCUCUUAUGGCUUUUGGGGAAGAAGGAAGACAAGCCUACGAGCAAAUUUCCACCACUUCAUACGGAACUUACAACCAUAACUACUCCGAGAUUGAAGUACCAGUAAUGACCACCGAGUUGUAAACAAAGAAAUAAAUGUAUCCUGUAUACCGCCCUCAAUCCCCCAGUGUGGUCCUGGGAAAGUUACUUACAAGUGGAAUACACUGUUGUAACUUGUCUGGGAAACAAAUUCCGAAGCACUCUAUAUUUCUACAUGAGGCUAAAGCCAUGUCCGAUUGGACUUUUCCCUUCCACUGUCGCAUCAUGGCUUUGGUGUCAUUUCUACCAUGGGUUCCUACCUGGACUUCUAUUCCGCACAUUUGCAUAGCAUUUUACAGCGUAGCCGCGGUAGGUUUACACUGCGGAGCUGUUUCAAAACAUCCGAGCCUUGAACCCCCCCCCC